AGGGAACAUCAAUUUUUCCAAUUGUACAUCAAAAUGAAAUUCGCGUUAGUUUUUUUGGGUUUAUUUGUCGCGGUAAUUUGUGCUCCACCUGGAGACCAAGUCCCUAUAGUUUCUCAGGAAAGUGAUAUUCAACCUGACGGUAGUUUUAGAUGGUCUUUUCAAACUGGAGAUGGUACCAGACAAGAACAACAAGGACAGCCUAAACAAAUCGGCCAAGAGACAGCGAUCGUUCUCCAGGGCGCGGCUUCCUGGAAAGAUAACGAGGGCAAAGAUCACCAACUGACCUACAUAGCCGACGAAAAUGGUUACCAGCCUCAAGGCUCCGACAUACCUCAGAUUCCUCCAGCUAUUGCCAGAGCUUUGGAGUACAAUGCCGCCCAUCCUGAACAAGACCGUCAAUAAUAAUAUGAAUAAGAUAUUAUUUUGUAUUUAUUUAUUUUUGUAUUUUAUUGUAUAUUAUUAUUUUUUUUUAUAUGUGAUGAAGCAGAAACAAUAAAGUUUUGAUAGUGGACGCGUUAU